AUGAUAACGAAAAAAAAAUGUUUAGAAACUUUCUCAACCUUGAAUUCUCGUCAAACAGACUUGACAACUUAUGAAACGAAAUGUUUAUUAGAACAACAUCGUAUGAAAAAAGUUAAACUUUUGAAGUUGAACCUUCAAAGAUCAGCAAUCAAGAAAAAAAAAUUCAGAUUUCGCUUUUCUAAGAAGCAGCUGCAAAAAUCAAGGCGAGUUUGA